AUGGGGCCAAACCUGAGAAAGGUAAAGAAAGAACUCACCAAGUUCGAAAGCUAUGAGAUACUGCAGGUACCGAGAGCCAAGAAUACAAACGAUGAUGCCUUGGCCAAACUGGCAUCCUCAAAGGAUUUAGAUAUGCUAGGGGUCAUCCCCAUUGAAGAGCUAGAACAGCCAUCAAUUGAUGAGAAAGCAGAAGUCUUGACAACCCAGGCAGUUAAAAACUGGAUGACGCCACUCGUCCAAUACUUGAUGGAUGCGAAGCUACCCAAUGACAAGGAUGAGGCCAGAAGGGUUAAAUAUAGAGCCGCCAGAUUUGGGGCUCCACAUUCGAUCAUGUCUGACAAUGGAAAGCAGCUCCGAUAUAUCCGCAAUCGAACGGCCAAGUUAAAGCCAUCAACAAAAUCCUGA